AUGACCACGCCCGCCCCGACCCACGACGUCGAUAUGAUCGACGUUGCUUGCGACGACUUCCAGCCGUCUCCGACGAGCUUGAAUGCUGCCGCGACCACUCCUCUUCUGACGAAGCCGGAGCCCAGCGAUACGCCGCCGGCCGAGUUGCCGCGUUCGUCGCCCGAUGCAGCCGCCACGCCGCCUCGCAAGACGAUGAAUCCCAUCCGUAUUCUUCGCAGCCAUGUGCUCCAAGAGGCACGCAACGCUGUGGCCUUUAACGUCCCGUCGCCGACGCCUGCAGCGGCGACCAAGGCCUCGGCAUCGUACGACGUCACUUUGCCCCCUGACGCCGUGCCCUCGUCCCAAGCCGUGCUCACGACGGACCAUCACUUGCCACGCAAGACUGGCCCUCGUCCUAAGGCUUUCCAACGAACGGACCAUCACUCACCGGGCAAGACUGGCCCUCGUCCCAAAACCGAGGAUGUGCCGGCGAAUCAGCAACGACCUUUGCUGGCACCUGUCCUCGUCUCAGACCAGCGCUGA